AUGCAUCGCCUUAACUUAGUUAAAUAUGUGCAUCUGGUUAUUAUGUAAAUGUGACUGUUCUAUUUUAGUUUGGAAUAAUAACAUAUUUUAAACAGAGGUCACUUAGGGUCAUUGGCCCUAAAUAUUGUUUUCCAUUUGAUGCGUUUGGGGUUCAUGUUUAAUGACAUGGGGGCGGGGGGUGGGGUGGAGGAGGGGGGUUGGGGUGACCAUUAAAAAUAUUUGAGGAAUAGUUUUAAUUUAUUAUAAAUGUUUAUAUCAUUUUGUGCUACACUACUAUUGAAAAAUUAUUUAGUGUAUAACAUGCAUGAAGAGUGUGCAAUUUUGGGACUUUCUCAAUAAUAAUAAUUUAUUUUAUCUAUUAUUUAUGUAGGUUUUCGUGAAGAUCAAUGAAAGUGGGAUUGCCGGUUCAUAUGUUACAGAAAUACAGACAGAGCCUGAUGCAAGUUUACAUAUUCUCAAUAUUCAAGCAGAGUUUCCAGAGACAACUGGAUUACGUUAUCGAUCAGAAACAAACACAUGGCGGGCUGUCAGAAGACUAGACAAUACGUUUUUUGCUCCAAAUGGUGGGUGGGUAGAUAAAAUAUAUGCUGUCGUAAAACCUAUUGCAGGUAAAAUCUGUUUAAGCCACAAAGUAUUUGGUAGAUGAUGAUACUGUAGCUUUUGAAUUUUGCAAGAAAUUUUUGUAGCAGCAUAAACAAUCUAUUGUCUUUUUUGUAAAUUAAUAUUUCAUUUAAUUAACUAUAUAAUUUGUCCACAAUCUAUCACAAAAUUAUUACUGAAAUACCAUAACAUUUAAGUUUUAAAAGGAGAAAGAAAUUGGAUUGCUAGGCCUAUUACUAUUAAUUUGGGGAUAACUUCCAUGGAAGAUGGCAUCUCUUGCAUAUUUUUACUGUGUGGGUCCUUAUAUGUACAUACCAUUGCACACAUAAGAACAUAUAAACAUGCAUUUUAAACAUGUUAUUGACUAAUAAUGCGGAAUGUUUUAUUAAUAUUAUAGUUAAUCUUGCACCCAAUGAAAAACAUGGACAUGACAAACCUGAAGUUUUAAAGUCAUCUAAAGUCAUAUCUAAAUCAUCUCAGCAAACCAUAUCAUCUGACUUCACUCUUGGGCCACCAAGUGAGGUAAUUCAAUAUUAUGUAUAGUAUGUUUUAUUUAUUGUCCAAUGUAUAUGUAUGAACUGUAUAAUUAUGAUAAUUUACAGUACCUGCAUGUCCAUAUUGAAGUAGUGACUGCCCCUUACAGAGCCACCUGAAAGGCAACUUUUAUAAUUGUAAAAAUCAAGCAAUUAUGCUCCUUUGAUUCAAUUAGAACCCUGUCACACUUGAAAGCUUGUGUAUUUCUAAAUAUUGUUCUGUUUUGUUUUUGUAUUUCUAUUCAAUUUCUGGAAAGCUGCUAUACCAAAAUAAAUUAUGUGGCCACAACAAGAUGUUAAUAUCAUAAAUAAAUUCAGAUCUUACAAGAUUUUAUAGAGAUAAACAUCAGGUUAAACCACAUGAUACGUUGGGAUUUACAGUUUUGUUUUGUAUCAUCAUGAUCAUCAUAUUGUGACUGCAUAGGUUUUUUGGCAUUUUCCCAUUCCUGUCAAACCUUGAAUAAGUGAUUUUCACUAAAUGUUUUGCUACAUAAGGGAGUGGUCAUUAUUUAUGGGGAGGGGGGGUUGGGAAAUGGGGAAAAUAAGGAUUGAAAACUUUUUUGACCCCCCUCCAGACUGAAGGCAAACUUUUUGUGCCUCCCCCCGCAAAAAAGUAUAAACUUUUCUGCCUCCCCCGUGUGGAUUGAAAAAUUAACAGCAAUGAAGCAGGUGUGUGUUGCAGCUAAAGUUAGAUAUUAGGACAAUCUGUUUAAUCUAGCUCAUGAUGUUUUACCCUGGUGAAUAUGAUUCAACCAUAUAUGAUUAAAAAAUAUAUAUUAUGUGUUACUACUUUGCAAUGCAACAUUUGUCCUACCAUAACCCUAACCCAUGACCUGUCUUCAUACAGCAAAAUGAUUUGAACACAGGGUUUUUUUAAGAACUUGUCUGGGGGGGUGGGCAUCUACAAAAAGGGACCAUACUAUAUUGAGUGUGGAGAGAUGACAGAUGGUUGUUGGUGACAAAACGUUUGGUGUGGUAUCAUAUGUACUAGUAGGGGGUCUGUAUUUUUUGUAUUUUUCCACCCCUAGAACUGAAAUGUGAGCAUUUUCUGAAACAGAUUUUUGGAUAUACAGCGUUACAUUGUGUGUUGAUAGACCGAUUCUGAUCAGUUAAGUGUACUUGCAUGGUAUGUUUAUGUAAAUACCACAACUUGGUCACUCAGGGGGUAGAAAGCUUGUUAAACUUAGUGGGCCCGACUCCCAUGAUCCCGAGGCGCUACCAUGGUUGGUGCCGAGCAGGGAAAUUUUGAACAUUUUGAGUCUCUAGAUCGUUGGAAAUAGCAUUUUCAGAGUCUUUAAGUUCAAAAACUUUUAUGACCCCCCUUUCUCUGUGUUAAAACUUUUUUGACCCCCCUAUUUAUAAGGGUAAAACUUUGUUUGCCCCCCCUCCCAUUUCCCAACCCCCCCUCCCCAUAAAUAAUGACCACUCCCUUUAAAGGGUAAACCAUAAAAUUGCAUGUAGUCCAUGACAUUUUAAAAGUUGUAACUGUUGUAAAUGUUUCUGUACUAAUUCUAUGAAUUUAUUUAAUUGUAUUUUGAAUUUUUACAUAGGAAAUUUACAAAGAACCAGAGAGAAUUAUAUCUGAGGCCAACAUAUAUUCUGGAAAAACGUUGACAAAAUAUCAAAUGGCAAUUAAUGCUGCAUGCCAAGUUUUGGGGAGGGAAGAUCCAAUGUUACUUGUACACAGAGGUACCUUUAUUGACAUUUCUUUGUACCUUUAUUGACAUUUCUUUAUUGACAUUUCUUUGUGUCAACCUAUGUUUUUGUCAACAUUGUUAUGCAUAUUCAUGGUCAAGGAAUCUGUUCAAGAUGAUCUGUACACUAAGUCUAUGUAGUUAAGACAUCUACUCCAGCAUUUAAACUUUGAUGAUUUGUAGUUUUAUGGGUGUUUUGUUUUAGAUGAAUUGCUGAAAAUGGCAAGAGAAAAGGUUAAGGCAGAUGGCUACGAGCACAAGAAGGGUUACUCUAGAUCAGUGUCUUCAAGCAGUAGCAGUGGAGGUGAUGACCAUGCUGGUAAAAAGGAUCUCGACAAGAGUGCAAAGAGAAAACAUAUGGAUGGUGAAGAGCGGAAAAAGGCCAUGACCAAUAUAAAAGCGCUAGUCGAGUCAACAAAUGAUCAUAUCCAUAUAAAGCAACAACGUAUACAAAAACUUAAGACGUGUAAUGAUUUCAAGCAAUGUGAUGUAGUCAGUAAUGAAACAACACAAUUACUGAAGCAGAAAUACGAAUACGAGUGCCAACUUGCUUCUCUGAAGAGAAAAGAGGCCAAAUCUCAAUGGUACAAGAAAAAAGUUAAAAGGAAACCAGCGCAGAAUUCAAGUGAAUCUCACACUGCUCGAUCACUGAGUAUAGCUGAAAUGCUAAGCAAAGCUGAUACUACCACCAUGUCAACCAGUAAUACCAAUGCCUCACCUGCUAGCGCAGCAAUACAGCGAUCAGUCAAUGAUACCAAUGCCUCAACAAAGUACAGUGAUGAGCCAUCCAUCAGUAUAAUUGAUGUACCAGAUGAAGAUCCUGCUUCAGCACAACAUUCAGAUGCGUCAGCAGAUACCCUUUUUUGA